UUGCUUGGGGUUUACUUCCCCAAAGUACACGGGCCCCACCUUGUGGAGCAACCGCUCCUGCAGGGAGAACUGAUCUCCGCCCAGGGGAAGACAUUUUAACGAAUGGGAGCGGUCCCACGCAUUUAUUGGCUACCGUAGACAUCGAUCAAAGAAGUUCCCGCCCUCCUUCCCACCGUACCCUUCACUUAUUGGCCUCUAUCAGUGCCAAUUCGUUACUAGGGAAACGAGCUCUUCACAGUUUCAUAGGCAUGAGUUAAAGCCAAUCAAGAGCCACGCCUUCAUCCUGAGUCAGUACCCAAUUGCUGCUCGAAAAGCCCAGAGGACGCAGUCGGGAUUGGCCACCAGCCUGGCCGACCUGGCCGCAACAAGUUAGGCUGUGUCACCGUUAUAUAGCCCGGCGACGGAGCACGCGUGUGUGCGGACGCAGUUGCGUGAGGGGUUUUUUUUACCUUCUGUCGUGCCGUGGAGCAGAGCUUGUUCCUCUCCCGCUCAGCCGCGCAGGUUGAAUUGACCAAAGCAAUGGUUAUGGAGAAGCCUAGUCCCCUGCUGGUCGGGCGGGAAUUUGUGAGACAGUAUUACACACUGUUGAACCAGGCCCCAGACAUGCUACACAGGUUUUAUGGAAAGAACUCUUCUUAUGUCCAUGGGGGAUUGGAUUCAAAUGGAAAGCCAGCAGAUGCCGUCUAUGGACAGAAAGAAAUCCAUAGGAAAGUGAUGUCACAAAACUUCACCAAUUGCCACACUAAGAUCCGCCAUGUCGAUGCUCAUGCUACUCUGAAUGACGGUGUGGUGGUCCAGGUGAUGGGCUUGCUCUCUAAUAACAACCAGGCUUUGAGGAGAUUCAUGCAGACCUUUGUCCUUGCUCCUGAGGGCUCCGUUGCAAAUAAGUUCUAUGUUCACAAUGAUAUCUUCAGAUACCAAGAUGAAGUCUUUGGUGGCUUUAUCACUGAACCUCAGGAGGAAUCUGAAGAAGAAGUAGAGGAACCUGAAGAAAGACAGCAGACACCUGAGGUGGUACCUGAUGAUUCUGGAACUUUUUAUGAUCAAACUGUCAGCAAUGACUUAGAAGAACAUUUAGAAGAACCUGUUGCUGAACCAGAGCCUGAACCGGAACCAGAACCAGAGCAGGAACCUGUAUCUGAAGUCCCGGAGGAAAAGUCUGAGCCAGUAUUGGAAGAAACUGCUCCUGAGGAUGUUCAGAAGAGUUCUUCUCCAGCACCAGCAGACAUAGCCCAGACAGUGCAGGAGGACUUGAGAACCUUUUCUUGGGCAUCUGUGACCAGUAAGAACCUUCCACCCAGUGGAGCUGUUCCAGUUACUGGGAUACCCCCACAUGUUGUUAAAGUACCAGCUUCACAGCCUCGCCCGGAGUCUAAGCCUGAAUCUCAGAUUCCACUUCAGAGGCCUCAGAGGGAUCAGAGGGUGCGAGAACAGCGAAUAAAUGUUCCUCCCCAGAGGGGACCCAGACCAGUCCGUGAGGCUGGUGAGCAAGGCGAUGUGGAACCCCGAAGAAUUGUGAGACACCCUGACAGUCACCAGCUCUUCAUUGGCAACCUGCCUCAUGAGGUGGACAAGUCAGAGCUUAAAGACUUUUUUCAAAAUUAUGGGAAUGUGGUAGAACUUCGUAUUAACAGUGGUGGGAAAUUACCCAAUUUUGGGUUUGUUGUGUUUGAUGAUUCUGAGCCUGUUCAGAAGGUGCUUAGCAACAGGCCCAUCAUGUUCAGAGGAGAGGUCCGUCUGAAUGUGGAAGAAAAGAAGACUCGAGCCGCCCGUGAAGGGGACCGCCGAGAUAACCGCCUGCGGGGACCUGGAGGUCCUCGAGGUGGGCUGGGUGGUGGUAUGAGAGGCCCACCCCGUGGAGGCAUGGUGCAGAAACCAGGAUUUGGAGUGGGCAGGAGCAUUGCUCCAAGGCAGUGAAUUGCUCUUCACCAGUCUUCAGGCAGCAGUACAAACUAGCUCCCACAGAAUGAUGAAUUUCUUCAACCAACCUUGGUAUCUUGGAAUAUGAUCCUAGUCUAUUAUAAACUGCUUAAGUUUGUACAAUUUUACUUUUUGUGUUAAUGGUGUGUGCUCCUUCUCUCCCCUGCCUCCCACCUUUUAGUCCUUCACUUCCAAUUUUGUGGAAUGAUAUUUUAGGAAAAAUGGAUUUUUAAAGAAGAAAAAAAAAAAAGACUGACUGAAUUUCUUUGCUUUAUUUGCAUAUACAGACUGGAUUUUUUUUUUUAACAGUUUCCCCAAAGGAAUGUGUCUUGCUUCUUACUGACAUUUGGUAUGUUUCAUUCAUUGGACUAUUUCUUACUUACUUUCUAUGUGUUUCAAAAGCCUGUGAGAAUUACAGGAUUUGAUAAACAUUUUGAAGACCAGAGAAAUCCAAAUUGUUUUCUUCUUUGCGAGUCAUGACUAUCUUCUGGUGUGGAGAAAUUGCAUUGGAAAAAUUGACAACUUUGAUUCUCGUUGAUGUGGUUAAAAACUGAAUAAAAGGUGUUAGUAGAGUUUUCUUUUAAAAUAUGAUCACAAAACAGUUUCAAAAUCUACUGUUUUUGACAUUGGAAUUUAAAUUGUGAGGUAGGUUUAAAUGUCUAGAAUGCAACUGAUAAGCUUUUCUUGAACUGUUAGAUUUUUUUUGAAGUAGAGUUUUUUUCAUGUUUAAUUUGUAUUUGUAAAAAAAGAAAAAAGAACAAAAAAAAUUUCCAAAUCUAAGUAACACAAAACCAGAGCAAAACUGUUGUGCCUUCUAUUUAUCUUUGAUUCCAGUCUUGGCAAUUGUUUCAAGAAAAUAAUAAAAAGAAAGACCCCUAGAUUUGUUCUGUCAGGUUCAGAGUAUGUUGGGAAUUAUGACUUCCUUUUUUACCCUGUAUGUCUUGUGUUCAUUUGUUAUGCCUUAUCCUGAAAUUGAGUCUCAAACUGGAAUGCCUUUGAGUACAGAUGCUUCUGUAGAGUCCUUUGACCUGAAUAGUUCAGCAUUUGUAUUAAGUUUUAUUUCAGUGUCUAUUCAGAAUCCUAAUCAUAACCCAUAAGAAAGAAUGUGACAUUAAUAUUGGCCUUUGAUGGUGUGCUUGAGUGCGUGCUAGUUUUUUUUUUUUUUCCUUCUUUUAAUCAUAGCCAUAUGGUAAAUUUUCUGUUUUGUUAUGGUUCCCUUUUACUGGUGGGCAUGCAGUGGGUAUUCUUGGAAAUGGCCAAUUUUUAUUAAAACAUUUCUGGAAGAUCUGGCGAUAUAGACUAAUACUCGUUUUGCAUAGUAUGUGUUGAGUGCUGUGUGUGAGAUGGGUGAAGGUUUUGUUUACACAUUUGUGUAGCAAGCCUUUGUGUGAUAACUUGUCACUACCAAUUGAAGGGCAAUGAGGUUGUCAACUUUAACUUAUUUUUUUAACAGUGUUCAUUUUUAAGACUAUUGUUUGAGGCUAGUAUAUUAGUAGGAAUAAGAAUGUUUUGCUGUUACUGGGAAACUAGGUUUACUGAAGGGUGUAAUCUUAAAUUAAGUUUUUGAUGUUGUUGGUCCUUAGUACCUCAAAUAUUUGAAAAUUGGCAACAUCUCCUUCAUAAACAUACAUAACAACAUAAAAAAUCUUACAUAACUGAAUCCAUGGCUGGUUUUUGGGUCAGUUUAAACAACUAGUUGGUAACCACUUCAUUUGGCCCAGAAUUAGAAGAAAUUCAGCUUGUACUUUGUAGCUUAUAUUAAGCUUGUAGUAGAAAGGAGAAGAUUUAGCCUGAGUUAUAUUGAGGAAAAAAAUUCAGUUGCAGUAAUUAUUAGGUGAUAAAAUAUAGAUAACCUAGGAAUCAUUUUUCAUAAGUGAAUACUAAACCAUACAUUUCUAAAUGUUUUUCCUCCUCAGAAUGGAGCUUUAAGGGCACUAACAAAAUACAGUGUUUCUCAACUUGGGGCUAUUGUUAUAUCCUAGAGGACAUGCAGAAAUUUGUGGGGUUUUUUGUGGGGGAGGCGGGUGGAAGGAGAUGCAUACCCUGCAUCUGGUGUUUGGUGAAUGGGAGCCAGUGAUGCCAAAAUGCUCUUGGAAAAUGAAGCAGCCCCACUGAGAACACAGGGAGUCCUUACUCCUGUAAUUCCUGGUGGGUGGAAUGGUGGAAUAGGACGACUGAAGUGAAGACUCAUUCCUGUGAAAUAGAGUCUCAGAAAAAUAACAACUAGAAAUCUCUCUCAGGAAUUAUAGUAACAACUACUGUAAGUAACUAAUCCCAGUUUGUACCAAUUUGUGUGUGUGUGUGUGUGUGUGUGUGUGUGUGUGUGUGUGUUUUAAUUUGGAGAGGUAGCAAUAUACUAUAUGCUGCUUGUAAUUUAUUGCAGGAAUUCCUGCAUAAUUUCACAAAAGGUUGCUUCAGUAAUUUCAAGUUACCAUAAUUAGGAUAUUAUGGUGUGUUGACUUGCAUUGGACUUUAUAAAUAGGAUUUAGUGCCAUGGUUAACACUUGUAAGUAUCCAGCUAUCACUGAUUACAUUUAUUACUGAUGUAAUAAACAUGUUACCCUAGGUACACAUCUAUUCACAUAUUUCACAGUGAGUGAGAAUAAAAUAUAGGUGAGGGCAAGAUUUUCUGUAGGCAGCAUCACCUCAUCACAGUCAACAUUUUUUUGUCUGUCGGGAUGGCCCAACAUGUAAUUCUUUUCUCCUGAGCUUAAAACCCUUCACACAUGAACAUUUUAGCUAAGUUACAUUAGUUUGGCUCAGUAGAUCUCAGUCUUUUUAAGACCUGUUGAAAAUAAAUAGAUCUUUGACUGAACAAAAAUAAUUUUGUUUGCUUUUAUAUUGAGGUUGGUUUUGUGUUUUCCUGUGUUCUCAACAUUUUGAGUUAUUGCUGGGAAGUAGUGGAAUGGAUAAUGCAAGAAUAAUUCUUUGGUUUUGGAUCAGUAGGUUACUACCACCAUGUUAGUUGAAUUGCACUUUAGUUUUAGGUUAGACAACUAAAUUUUUCAUAGCUAUACACAGUGGAUUAGGUGUGUGUGUCCCCCACACCCUGUCAAAGUAGUAGGUGAAGAAAUUACAUCACCAGCCUCCAUGUAGUAGGAGCAGAUUGGCCUCCAAAACUGAUGCUUUUUUUCUAGAACCAUAGUGCCUACCUGUAUUUACAUUUGAAUACCGUUAAGGGAAUACGGCAUGAAAUAACUACAGUGUAGAGACUUGAGUGCAAAACAUUCAGGUCAAGACUAGCAUUACCAUUUUCUAUUUCCUUGAGGGUAAAGUAGUUAAACAUUAAUUUUGUAGGACUUCUUUUGAUUUGCAGACUGUAUUUUAACAGUGCUAUUGAAUUACUAGAUUAUUUUCUCAUCUGGUUUGAUAAUACACUUAGUACAAUUUAAUCUGGGUGUGGAAGACAAUAUUUUUAUCAUAGCAUCAUCCAGGUUAGUUUAGUUGUGUUUUAUGCUUAUAACUGCCAUCCUCUGAUACUUUUCUUCAUCCCUUUAUUUGAAAACCCUGGUAGAGUUAGUGAUUUAGUGGAGAACGUGGCACUUUAUAGAUACCGUUUGUUAGAAUCUAUAUGAAAAUUUCUUUCUAUGAAGUUUAAAUUUGUAGACCAUUGUUUCUCUUGUGGCUUAUUUUAGGUAAGUGUUUGCAUUUGUCAAAUCUACUGAUCUAUAAAAAUAAUUUUUAUAUUAAAGCUUUAUUUUUGUGCUACUUAGAAGAAUCUCUGUAGGAGCUGUAUACAAAUUAGAUACUUGUUGAACUUUUAGUUUAGCAAUUUUGAAUCUUGUAAAAGAAGCAACUUCAACAUUUAUUUGAAUAUGGAGUUCUAGCUAAGUGCCUAAUGUACCACAGAUUGGCAGUGGACGAUUAGAGGUAGUCUUUUGCAGAUCUUUUAGAAACCUUAAAGAAUGUGUUAGAAACUUAGCAAUAUUUUAUGUGGGAUGGGGUUGUAGGUUAAAGUUGCUUGUCAUGUUGUACUAGGUCAUUAAACGAGGACUUCUGGUUUUAGAGUAGUAAUACCUUUUGGAAUUUGUGUUUACAGUAUUAUCAAGGUUCUGGGGACCAUAGAUGGGCUUGUCAACUUACUAGACUGAAAUGUUGGCACAGGUGAGAUAAAACUUUUAUUUUUAUUUUUAGUGGAUAUGUAUCUAACUCUGGAUGAUGCUGAAAUUAGAUUGCUUUGCUCAUGCUUUCAUGAAGCAGUCUUUAAUAAUGGCCUGAAUGAGUGAAAGUUUGAUUAAAGGUGGCCUACAACCCUUAACCAGUUUCUUUUGAUCAUGCUUAUGUAUUGGCUUAGAAUCAAAGUUGUUGUCUUUUGAUUGCAUGCCUUUCGAAGUCUCUCCUCUUCAGUUACCACUCAAACCUGGUAGCCCCCAGUGAGAAGAAUAUAGCAUUGAAAAUUAGUUCUCUUGUUACUUCCAUAAACUAUGUGACCUGGUCGGUUACAGAAAUCUGUGCAUGGUUAUUACUUUGAAAUGUGUCCAGUGUCACAGAUUCCUAAGGGAUUGUAUCCAUUCAGUGUGUCUGGUUUUUUUUUUUUUUAAAGUAAGUGAUGCUUACCUAAAAAUUCACUGUUGAAGUACUUUUAGCAAGUAUUUAUUUUUCAGAAACCCACUUGUAGGAAGUUUACCUGUAGUUUUGGUAGUAAUUAGAGGGAUGAUUAUAUCAUUUAAUAUGGAUGUAGUUUUAACUAUUGCUGUAAUUAACCACUUUGGUUACUGAUACUCUCCCUAAGUUUUGUUGUCACCUGUUUGAGUUUGGUUUAGAUUCUUAAAUGUUUUUAUGAGGAGUGUAUGUACAAUGAUUUGGCCCUUUUAAAUGAAGACAUAAGGAAUUAGGAAAGAAGAGACUUCCUUUAAAGAUUCAGUGUACAAUUUAAGUAGAUUAUGUAGAACAUACGUUGUGUUAAAGACAAAUUUGUAUAGGUAGCUACAUUGGUUUUCAAGAAGAGUGGGAUGGGGUGGAAUUUAGCUGAUGGAAUAUGAAUAAUUUAUGGUUUCUAUAAAAGAAAAUCAUAAUUUUAAGUGAGAAACUAUUUCUGUAAAGCCCCCCACCCCGUACUGAUGGUUAUCACAAGAAACAGGAGGAGACUCCUAGAUUUCUUAGAACAUCAGUGCUGGAAAGGACUAAGGUGAUUUGUGUAAUCCCUGCAAUUUUCUAAAGGUCGAUGACUCAGAUGACGAGUACAGCACAUUCAGGAUUGCCAGUCCUGCCCGUGUUUGCUUUAGUAAGCCAAAGCUGUUAAAAGGUAGGAUGUGGGGAGAAAAGGGAAGGAGCCACAUUGUGUAUGCUUAUCCAGUUGCUCCAUUAGCUUAGUUUUCAUACCCACGUUUUCUGUUUUCUUCCAACUGUUUUAAUGCCCUGUUCUACCAGGGCCUUUUGUCAAUAAGGACAUUAACUUAUGUUCCCCUCAGGGAUGGGUUUAUUACUAGCUGUCAGAAAACUAUUGGGUAUCCUAAUGUGUUAAUAGCUGAAACUCAGCUGUAAUUUUCUCCUAAAUCUGUCAGCAUUUUGCGUUCUGUAAACUGUGGUGCUUUUCCCCACCUUGUACUGUUCCAACUGUAGGCUCCUAAGGGGCAGCAGUUUGGUCUUCGGCAUAUAAUAUACCCUGUUCAGUGCCUGUCAGCACCAUGUUUGAAUCAGGGUCCUAAUCUGCCUUUCCAGGGGUUUUUCCUGUUCUUCACAGAAGGAUGUUUAUGGUUUGCCGACAAGCUAGGUAUUGCUGAUUCCAUGGCUUCAAGGGCCUUCACUUCCCUGAAGAUACACUUGCAUCUGCAUUCUCCCUGCCACCCCUCCCACCGCCAUCUCAAAUCUCUUACCAUCAAAACUUUUUAAGACCUCGUUCAAGAGCUUUUUUUUCUCCCUAAGAGAAAAGAUGUCUUAAGAUGUCUUAGGAGAGGUUAAUUCAUUACCCUGUGGGGGUUGGUCUGUCCAGAAUUUGAAGUAAGGAGCAAAUUUAUUUUCAUCUACUUUUCUUCCACCUUGUCCCUCCUGUGAGAAAUUCUAUCCCAAUCUUCAUUUUAAAAUGUGUUCCUAGCAUAUUUAAUACCUUUCUCUUAGCUUAUAAUUUACCCCUUCAGCCUAGACUAGAACAUACCAUAAUCUCCUGGAGGACAAGGGCUGGAGAAUUAAUCCAUUCCUCCUGGAGGUACAUGAAAGCACCCUUAAAUGAUGACUCACUCAGUUGAAUAAUGUAUUCCUGUUUUCAUGCUUAUGAGGGAGGCAUGCCUAGGGAUUGGGCAUAAUUCAGUGAAUUCUAGGCAUCACGCAUUUCAUAUUGGAGGGGAUUGGUGUGAAAUUUUGAGGGGUGGGCAGAAGAGGGAGAAGUCACUGGUCAUUUUGAAGUACUUCCAUCCCUGGUCUCGGCAGUUACCUCUUUCUUUCUGAUUGUGCCCAGUAUCCCGGGCGUUUUGUGUUUACGCGCAGGAGCUGUAUGUGCCAAGUUUCAUUUCUUAUCAUAAACCUGCUCUGUUCUGUUUGUCAUCACCCGUGCUGCCAGUCACAGUCACCUUAGCCACCUGCUUCCUGCCUCCUUACUCCUUACCUGCUGUCUGCAGCUAACUCCUGUCAGUUCUACCUCAACAGCCUUUCACAUCCUUCCUCCUCACUUCCUUUAGUGGCCGCUCAAUUCUCUUUACCUCUUCUUACUUCCAGUUUACUUUCUACACAAUAUUAGAUUCAUCUUACUGAAACCUAGCUCUGACCAUGUAUCCCAUGUAUGUGUUCUGUCUUCCCUACUAGACUGUAAGCUCCUUAUGGGCAGGAUCUGUGUUUCAGUCAUCUUUGUAUCCCAUAGCACCUAUCAAUAAAUAUAUCUUGAACGAA